UCCAUCAAAGAGCCAAAAUUAGGAGAUUUUUUCACUCUUAUGGACAAUCUGAACAAUCAUCCAAAUUUUCAAAAAUCACUGAGAAAGAGAAAGAGCUAAGCGACAGUAUGACUAUCUGGUUUUGUAGAGAUCUCAUCCCGUUUUUUGAAGCUGAAAAAGAUGGGCUAAAAGAUUUUUUUAAAAUACAUGGUGUUGUACAAAAUGAAUUGGAUCUGUCACAUCCAAGUACAUUAUCUCGUCAUGUACUUUCAAGGGUAUAUAAUGAUUGUGAUUAUGAUGUAUUUGCUGUUAAAACGAAAAUAAAUGAAGAUAAUCCAAGUGCAAUUUCGCUAACCAUGGAUGCGUGGACUGACAAUUAUCGUCAUAUUCCAUUUAUGACUUUCACUUUACAUUGGAUAUCGCCCACAGAAACACAGUUGAGAUCAGGUACAUUACAAACAAGCUUCUUAUCACAUCCUCAUACAGCAGAUAAUAUUGUUGAAGACUUGAAAAAAGUACUAACACCAUUUAACUUAAACGACAAAAUUAUAACUCUCGUAACUGAUGGAGGAACAAAUAUGAUUAAAGCUGCAAAAGUUAUGAAAAUUGACAGAGUACCUUGUAUUGCACAUGGACUCCAUAAUUUAGUGAUGGUAGACACCAUUUCUAAAUUACCAGACGUUAAUAGUCUUAUAGCUAAAGCUAGAGAUAUUAUGAAAAUUCUUGCUUUUAAAACUCAUGAUAUUGAAAAAGCAAAAGAAAUUACUCAGCAACAGGACAUUAAUAACAUAUUAGACAGUGCUGAAAAUCUGGAAGAGAUUUUAGAAGCUGAUGCAAGAUUUGAUUUCACACUUUCCAAAAAUAAUAAUGAGCAUCCGUAUGCUCAGAGUUUUCCUUCAUUUGUGACAGGAUUUUUAGCAGGAUUACAUAAAGAUAUAUCAACUAGAUGGAACAGUACAUUAGAGAUGUUGUCAAGUUUACUUAAAAAUAAAGCGAGGGGAGGAUUUAAGGCGGCAGGAGGCACGAACCAAGCAUCCAUCUCUUCCGGCAGCGGCACUGUCGUGUCUGUGUAGGGCGUUUACACACUUCCUCAGUCCGACAAAUAAUUGUUAGAAAAC